UGUCGCUGAGCUCUCACAGCUCGUCUUUCCUAGCCCCACUCAAGAACUCCCGGACGCUUCGCCAGGCGGCCAGCAGCAAUCCAUCGGCAGCGCUGGAUAAAGAUCAGACUUUGCCGGCAAUAUGGGAAUGUUAUUUCUCUAAAUUACCAAGGAUUACAAGGGAAGAAUGCAGACCAUCAAAUGUGUGGUUGUAGGAGAUGGGGCUGUGGGUAAGACCUGCCUCCUCAUCAGUUACACUACAAAUGCAUUUCCUGAGGAGUAUAUCCCCACUGUCUUUGACAACUAUAGUGCCCAAACAUCUGUGGAUGGCCAAAUCGUCAGCCUGAAUCUGUGGGAUACUGCUGGCCAAGAAGAAUAUGAUCGAUUGCGGACACUCUCCUACCCCCAGACCAAUAUUUUUGUCAUUUGUUUUUCCAUUGGCAACCCAUCCUCUUAUGCCAAUGUGAGGCAUAAGUGGCACCCAGAAGUCUCCCAUCAUUGCCCCAAUGUACCUGUUCUGCUGGUAGGCACUAAGAGGGACCUGCGAAGUGACCAUGAGACAGUGAAGAAGCUGAAGGAGCAGAGCCUAGUGCCCACAACUCCUCAACAAGGCAAUUCGCUGGCUAAGCAGGUAGGGGCUGUGAAGUAUCUGGAAUGUUCAGCCCUGAUGCAGGAUGGGGUACAUGAGGUGUUUUUGGAAGCUGUCCGGGCAGUGCUUUACCCUGCCUCAAAGAAGAAUGCUAAGAAAUGUGUUCUCUUGUAGCUUUUGGGUGCUACUUUGGAGACUGCACCUAAAAAUGUAAAGGAAGCUUCCUUUGAUAGUAGUUACAAGUGCCAGCAUGAGCCAUUUCUCUCUUCCCCUAGAAGCCCUAGACUCCUGGUUAUUUGGCUUUUGGAGGAACCUAGAAGACAGACUAUUUCAUACACAGCUGCUUUUAAGUUUGGUAUGAACCUUGUGGAGGAAGUUUGUGUGUCUAUCUGUAUCCCCUGUCACAAGUAGUAAAAGGAGAUGCCACUGAAUGCUGUUCUUUUUUCUACUGGCCAAGCCGUGAUGAAGCACAGCAAUCUUCAUGCUGUCCUUGGGAAGCAUUUGCUUGUCUGCUUUGAAAUCUAACUUUGACUUUCUUUGCUGUAUCUACCAUUGAGCAAGUGCCUCAGACAAUGAUUUUUAAAUCAUUGCCUUAAACUUUUAGAUAUUCUAAUAUUUUUUUGUGAUCCUGGGGAUUGAACCUAGGGUCUAUGCAUGCCACAUAAGCCCCAUUGAGCUGCACCCCCAGUCCUGAUAUGCUAAUUUUCCCAUAUUGGUGAAACCUCAGGGUUCUUUACCACUUAACUACAUCCCCACUCCUUUUGACUUUUUGAGACAGGGUCUCACUAAGUUGCCUAGGCUGCCUCAAACUUGUGAUUCUCCUGCCUCAGCCUCCUAAGUAGCUAGGAUUAUAGGUGUCCUAAUAUACUGAGUUUUUGAAAGCCAUUUUAUUUGUGUUAUGCAUGUUCCCAAUGUUGACACAUUCCUCUUAUUCUUGAGAUAAGACAUUUUCACAAAAAUGGUUAAGCAGCAUUUUCCAAAAAUCUGAGCUAGUAAUAGAUGUUCAUUUUUAAAGGGUUCUAUCUAUUGUCCAAUAAGCUCAGGAAUCAGCAAUUUAUAUAAAACCCAUCAGGUUUCUUUACAGUAGAACUUUAUAACUUAUUAUGUAUGCAUUGUUUCCCACACUUAUUUCAUCACUGAACAUUUUUGGAGGUUCCAUAUAAUACCAGAUAAUAGUUUCAGAGAAGUUGGGUUAGUAGAAACUGGGAAUUCUCAAUGAGGCUGUAAAAAAAUGCAAAAAGCAUAAUGUGGUCCUGUUCUUUUUGAUGUUUUCCUCAUUAUGCCUUUGAGACAAAUGUUUAUAUCAGCCAUGGACUUAUUAUUGGUUCCUCUGCUUCAGGAGAUGGGUUUGGCAUUUAAUGAUGAUAGUGCAUGCACUGCAGAUAGGGUCCCACAAUGAGAUCUGCUAUUAGAUUUCACUAGCACUGUCGACUUGGUGAUGUGGAAGUUAUUCAAUCCCUCGAAAAGCUGUAUCUGAGUCUUCUGUGUGGCCCCUUUCCCUCUUAGUCACUUCCUGUAAAAUAAACCCACUCAAGGUCAAUUCCCUAAA